UUGCGUUCGAGGCUACUGGUGAAUCGAAAACGUGCCACUUGCAUACGACGCGUUUCAACAUCAAACUAUCUGGCAAACGUGGUUGACGACCUCAAUAAAGGUUUGUCCUAGAUGACCGUUUGACUGACGACAUCGUUCAUAUUUUUUGGGGCGGGUAGCUCGUCUCGUUUGGUGAAACUGUCGGCCGGUUCCAGUUUCAUUGAAAGCAACACAGCCAAUGUGUAUUCGGCCAUUGCGGAGCGUUUCAUUCACCUAAAUUGUGUUAAACGAUAACCAUAGACAGCAGUUAAACUGAAGUUUUUUUAUCGUGUGCACCACAACAUUCACCCUGAAAUGGUCCGUAACACUCAACCGAUUGCCCUACUGUGUACUAAACGCUACCGGCGCGUGUCACCUUGAUUUCAGACAUGGCCGCUGUCGUAUCAUCAGUGUGACUGCAAACAAUCCCCUUGUCUUAGCGAUAUUAAAUCAUAGUAUUAAAAGAUCGGCAGAUUUGAAAUGGGUGUAGUGGUACGGAAUCUUCAAAAAGUAGUUCCUCUUCGCCGCGCCCGGCUCCGCAAGGACGUGAACACCCUCAGGCACAUCUUGGGCAUCCAGAAGUUCGAUUUGGGCGUCGUUUGUGUGGACAACCGCAGAAUUCAGCACAUCAACAACAUUUACAGGAAGAAAAACGAACCCACCGAUGUCCUCUCGUUUCCAUUCCAUGAGGGUCUGCGACCCGGUAAGAUGCCGUGUCCCCUCCACAGAGACGAGCUGAAUCUCGGUGACAUUUUCCUGGGGGUGGAGUUCCUCAUGAGACAGUGUCAGGAGGAGUCCACGGAUCUACACGAAGCGCUCACCGUGGUGACGACCCACGGCAUUUGCCACCUGCUUGGCUACAGACACGAGACAGAGGAGGAAUGGCAUGAGAUGCUGCAGAAGGAAAGCUACAUUCUUGGCGAGUACAAUAGACUGACAGGGCAACAUUUGAUGCCCAUGAUGAAGCCAUACCACCAAGACAGGUGACACCCGCUUGGGACCAGUUCAUUAAACACUCCAAAACCAA